GUUCAUAUUGUACGCAAUAAAUUUGGCCGAUGUGCUCUUAUUACAGUCUCCCAAUCUGCGGGGACAAAAACAUGAGGGAUUUGCCUUUUAUUCUUCUCGAUUAAGCCAAAACAACUUUCACAUUCCAUGUAAGUGUGCCCGGGUUCAAGGAACUUGUGAUGAAUCUCAGAUAUAUGUGUAGCUUGAACAAUAAAACUAAAUAGUUUAGCAAUGUUUUUAUUCUUAUUCUGUCCUCCACACGAAUCACUGUAUGCAAUAAUCUUCGUAACUGUAGAUGGAAGGCUUUACACAAAUUUUAUUAAACAUGAUCCUAUCUCCUGUGAGCCCCUGGAUGCAAUAGUUUCGUUCCAUACAUACAUAUAACUUUUCCCAGUCAGUAAGUCAAAGACACAGAAAUUAUAGGUCCAUAAUUGACGAAGAUAAAAUACUUUAGAGGUGGUUAACAAUGGCGUCGGCAAUGCCUGUUGCAAAUCAAAACAAAUUACAGCCGUAUUUUUAGAAUCAUUUUUAUUUUCAGCAAUAUCAGCUUUUUGGCAUCUGUUGCUUUCUGGGCGUUUCUUUGGUGCAGCUCGAGGUCUUGCUUGGCAUUUUUAAUUACGUCUUCAUUUGUCGAAUAUUUUAUUAAAUUUUGUAAAUUGUCACAACGACUGCAGGUAUCACUAUAGGGCUUGUGGAAUCUUAAAUUAAAUGCCGUAUUGAAAAUAUGCCUGUAAUAGGACUCUUUUACUGGUAAUUCUUGUUUGUCAAUACAAAACUCCUGAUAUAAUUUGUACAUCUUAUUGAUACUUAAUUCUCCUGAGAGCCUUAGAAGUAAAAUGGUUCAAGUUUACUUGAAUCAUUUUACCACAUACUGUAUUAGUGUAUAUUUUGAUAUGUUCUCAAAGACUAUGAGAGAUAGCGCCAGGGAACGUUGCCUGCAUUUAAAUCAUUUUACCGCCAAUGCACUUGAACCUUUUUACUUCCAAACCCCUCAAUUAACCUCGUUAAACGCUUACCAUGGUACAAAUAUCUUAACGCCUAAACCUAAACUUAUCUGGAUAAUGGCCUUCUUCUAGUCACAGCUCCAGGUGUAGGUGUGAUGUUCUCAGCUCUCAAAAACUCAGGUCAAAAACCAGUAGCCAGCAGUGAGCAGUGACGUAAGGAACGUCUCAAGGUAG